UAUCACGACAACAAUAGCGUAUGAGACAACGUUUAAACGUAGCGUCCUACAUAUACAUAUGCGUUAUGUGUAAUAAUACGUUGUCUAAUUAUAUCUUAUAUGCCGUUUGAGCGCUUAACGCCUGUUUACGUCUGUUUACGUAUUUACAGCGUCAUAUCACCGUAACGAAUAUGGACUACAGUGAUUGCAUUUUAAUAUGAACUUGGAAUAUAAUUAUUUUCUUCACGCUGUUAUUAAGUGAACCUUAAUCACCUGGCGAAAAUACCUGUGUGUACUCAUUACUUGGCUGACAAACAGAUGCAAAGAAGUUGAUAAAAAUGCCGAGCUUUCGAACGACGCGAUGGAUUGUGGUGUCCACGUUGAUAUCUUUAUGCUAUUCGAUUGAAGAAACCCCUUCUUCAGCCCAAAAUAACACACCUCCCGACACAAAACCUAAAGCUAAAGCCUCAUCGAUAACAACAGCUGAUGCAAUAUCAAUGGAUUCCAUCCCGACAUUCGAUUUCUCCAAGACUAAUGGUAAAAAGACCACAGACGCACCCGUUGACACAUGUUCGUCGGAAGAUGUGUGCCAGACGAUGCGCGGCGUAUGCCACAACGGAACAUGUAAGCCAAACAAAUGUUCUGGUUUCACAUGCAUCUGCGAGGCAGGGCAUACUGGACAGCUGUGUGACAAGAAAGUAAACGGUGACACAACGCUCCCCGCUGAAACAACCCCAAGUUCAAAUGGAAAGCAUCAUGUAAAUGGUGUGGUCCAUCCAAACCUUAUAACAGGGAAAACUGACAAAGAAACCAUUGUGCUAAAUGACUCGAAAGCAGUGCCUGUUUCCGAUGUAAACAGUGAUGAGGAAAAUUCGAAUCAAACUAUUACCGGACCCGAUAAACUGGGAACCGUUAGAAACAAGUCCUUAACUAUAACAAGUGAUACCACAGGACCAUCUACUUUAGCUAAUGGCAAAAAUGAACAAACAAACAUCAUUGAUCAAAAUAUUCAAAAUGCACAACCUACUACGGAAGCGCCUGUAGAAAGUAAGAACCCUCGAAAAACUACUAUGUCUGAUGGAAGUUACCGAAAGGGCCCCGAGUCAACUAAACAUUCUGAUAACAGUCCUGUUGAUGCUCACAUAACCAAUCAGAAAGUCAAGACAAACGCACCAUCAUUAAUUCAGCCUAAAAGUGAUGUUGUGACCAUUCCAACGACGGUAGUUGAAACAAGUGUAAACAAAGUGGAGACUCCCCCUGAAGUUAAAGCAAGCAUAAUAAAACAGACAGACACCAUUGCUCAACAGACAACAACGACUACAGACAGUAUAAGUACUGCAGUUGAAAAGCCUGCAGCUGGUGGUCAUGACAAACUUAUUUCAAUGGUGCAAAGCAGUGAAUUUGUUGAAAAACCAUCGGAGGUAUCAAACAUUAAUGACUUAGGAACGGCGAGUAUAAAGAAGGAGAAACUUGUGGGUACUGUUCGUAUUGGGAAUCACGAUGUGCCCGUUCUAUUAGAGGAACAACCUGAAGUACUUAAAAGCGAUAAAUCUAAUUCACAAAAAUCUAAAACUGAAGAACCGUCAGCGGGAUCAGCUAGUUCUUUGUCUAAAACGCAGCAAAAGAGUGCAAUUCACACAAAUAAAGGACAAGACCUCAUGUCUAAUAAAACUAUGGAAAGUAACACGGCGUCAAAAUUUGGACAUGAUGAAACAAAUACUUCAACUCCAAAGCCAGCUAGUGAACCCCAGCCUAUAGAAACAAAACAGACAAUAGACACAACAGCUUUAUUACAGCUGUUGAAUAUAUUAGGUUCGCCAAACAUUGCCGAAACCGUAAAAGCUGUAAAAAUCGAGAUAAUUACAAAGUCAAAUACAACGGACAGGAAUAGUAACGUGACAGCCAAAGAUGCCGAAUUAAGUGUUUCGACAACCCAAAGUCCACCUUAACUUCUUUAUACGCUUUUAAUUGUUUUUGUUUCCUGUCUCAUAAUGGCAUGAUUUAUAUAUUGAGUGUGCAUCGACAUAGUUUGAUAUAUUUCCUGUUGGUUUGGUAGGUCAUAUAACUUAUUUGACAAUGAAAUGAAUGUUUUCCGUCUAUGUGUGCAACUGAGUGUGAUAAUGCAAUAAAUAUGCAAUAUU